UACUGUUGAGUAACUGCAUGCUGGUCUGCUGCUGCGAGGGAGCGGGUGAGAGCGCAAGCUGGAGGGAUAAAGUGCUCCUCUCCGAUCUUAUCGGAGCCCUCUCUCGCCUUCGCUCCCCCUUUUCGCUUUUCAGCUUGUGUCCAUUUAAGUUGGGGAAGCCCUGGAGAGGACACACAAUGGAGCGAAGAGGCUGUGGCAACUGGGCCGUUGUACUGCUGAGAGGGGGAUGGGGUAGAGAGAGGACCGGUUCUACACAGCUAACACAGCCUGCUGGCUGUAGGCUUCCUCAGCCUUUCCUCCCCGCCCGGACCCACCGUUUCCAGGCCGGGGCCUUCAUUUUUUUUUGAGGAACAGCAAUCCUAAAACUUCGCUUGGACUACACAAAGGAUUACUCACUGUGUUGUCGGGAUUUUAGGAUACAAACUGGAAGCCUGAAAAUUAAAACCGUCCCGGGUCUUGGAUUAGAGGAAAGAAAAAACUAACUUCUGUGUUAUUCCUCUUGCCCUUUUUUGGUUUCUGUUUCUGUUUAGUGGAGUUCAUACAUGGAUUACAAGAUGCAUGCCAAGUCAAACGAUUUGUUGGAUUUUCAAAAACUGGACGCUCUUCUGGAAAAAAUUGCACACUCAGUCUCUGUGAAAAGAGAGUCCAGCGAGGAGUGCAAUGGGAUCAGUGGUGCUCUGUCAGUGGAGUCUGUGCCGGGGCCAAGACUGAACUGGUGUCCUACCAACAUCCCUACCCCUGCCCCUGCAGCUCAAGCUCCAGCUCUGGGGCCGGAGCCCAACCCUUUUAGAAUGGGGGACGGUCUGGAUGCAGCGCAGAUGUCGGGCGGUGGCAGCGGCAGCAGCGGCAGCGGCAGCAGCCAGGGGCAGGCCCAGCAAAUGGGCAAUCCCCCGCCCCCAGAGUACAUCAAUCCCACCAGGCCAAAGCGCCAGACCAAUCAGCUGCAGUACCUGCUCAAGGUGGUGUUGAAGGCCCUGUGGAAGCAGUUUGCCUGGCCCUUUCACAUACCAGUUGACGCGAUCAAACUUAACCUGCCUGACUACUACACAAUAAUCAAAACUCCCAUGGACAUGGGAACAAUCAAGAAAAGGCUUGAGAACAGUUACUACUGGAACGCCCAAGAAUGUCUCCAGGACUUCAAUACGAUGUUUACCAACUGCUACAUAUACAACAAGCCUGGCGAUGACAUAGUCUUAAUGGCUGAGGCUCUAGAGAAGGUUUUCCUGCAAAGGAUCCAAGAGAUGCCUCUGGAAGAAACUGAGAUUGUUGUCAUGAUGGGAAAAGGCCGUGGCCGUGGCCGAAGAGAAGCAGGUCUCAACUUGAAACCAGGGGCCAUCAUCGAUUCAUUGCCUACGACUCCUCAAACACGUGGUCUGUCAAAUCUCCCAGCAGCGCCGCUGACCAGAGGACCAGUGCCAGGCCCGCCUUCACUACCUCCCCAGCCCUUGAUGCAGAUCCUGCCGUCCCACGUGCCCCCAAUGUUACCCAGCCACGCGCCACAGCUUGGACUCCCCUACUCCCUGAGCCAAUUGGACUGCGCUCCUCAAGGUCCCAUCAUGACUUCUGUGCCGCCCCCUGCUCAAACCUCCCUUCCCCCAGCAUCCAUCCAGAGCACUGUGCCCAUGCUGCAGAACCCUAUAACGAUGACUAAACAAAGAAAGAGCCAGAAAAGGAAAGCAGACACUACUACACCCACAGCAAAUGACCAACUUAGUGAGUCCUCACCAGCAGAGUCCAAAUCUGGGAAGACACUACCAAGGCGAGAGACUAACCGGCCUACAAAGCUGAUAAAGAAGGAUGUGCCGGACUCCCAGCAUCACAUAGGAAUGGUGAUGGGACUCGGUGGACCCAGUGGCGGUCUCAGCCCAAAACCACAGGAUCAGCUGGGUUACUGUGCUAGUCUGGUUAGGGACAUGUUGUCCAAGAAGCAUGCUGCUUAUGCCUGGCCGUUUUACAAACCUGUUGAUGUGGAUGCACUGGGACUACACGAUUAUCACGAUAUCAUCAAAUAUCCCAUGGACCUCAGCACCAUCAAGGUGAAGCUGGAGAACAUGCAAUACCGGGAACCCCAGGAGUUUGCUGCUGACGUACGAUUAAUGUUUUCCAACUGCUACAAAUAUAAUCCACCGGACCACGAGGUGGUCGGUAUGGCUCGCAAGCUACAGGACGUCUUCGAGAUGCGAUUUGCCAAGAUGCCAGAUGAACCUGAGAGCAAGCCAAUAGUUUCUGUCCCAGCUCCUACACUUCACCAUCCGGCCCCUGUUAAGCCCCAGCCUCCUUUGGCCCACAUAGCCUCAUCAACAGACAGCUCCAGUGAUUCCUCCUCGGAGUCUGAGUCUUCAACAGACGACUCUGAAGAGGAAAGAGCCCAGAGGUUGGCGGAGCUCCAGGAUCAGUUGAAGGCUGUCCACGAGCAGCUGGCUGCCUUGUCCCAACCACAAGCCAGCAAACCAAAGAGAAAGGAGAAGGAGAAGAAAGAGAAGAAAAAAGAAAAGCAUAAGAAGAAAGGAGGCAUAUCUGGCCUCCUAGACGAGAUCCAGGAUGCUACACCUGUUCCGCAGCUCUCGAAGAAGACAAAGACUAGUAACAACAACAACAAAGAGGUUGUACCCAAGAAGAAACUUAGUAAAAAGGAAGUGAUGAAAAGCAAUCACCCCUCCAGCCUGCUGCCUGUACCCGGCCUGGAAGAUGAUCUGGGGACAGCUGGGUCAUCGGCAACGGGGGAAAAAUGCAAACCUAUGACGUACGAGGAGAAGAGGCAGCUCAGCCUGGACAUCAACAAACUUCCUGGGGACAAGCUCGGGCGUGUAGUGCAUAUCAUCCAGUCCAGAGAGCCCUCACUCAAAAACUCAAACCCAGAUGAGAUUGAGAUUGACUUUGAGACGCUAAAGCCCUCCACUCUGCGCGAGCUGGAGAGAUACGUGUCGUCCUGCCUCCGCAAAAAGAAAAAGGUUCAAGUUGAGAAGCCUGUCGAGUCGAUGGCUACCUCCAAAAAGACUGGAUCGUCUUCAGAGAGCAGCGCUUCCAGCACAGACAGCGAAGCUGAGGGGACAGGAAUAAUAAAGCAUCAAAAGAAGAAGGGCCAGUCUGUCAAGGAGGGGAAAAAGACCCAUCCUCAUUUACACAUUCAGAGUGGCCCAGCUCAUCUUGGGAUACAUUCCCAAAUUGCAGGUCUUCAGUCCAGCAUUCAGAUGAAGCAGCAGCCUCAGCCGCCCCCUGGGACCCCCGGCUUUAUUAAUCCCCCCGUAGCUGCUCUCGAGUCUUCCCAGAUACUGGAGACCAGCUUCGACUCCCUACCGCCGUUCGGCCAGCCCCUAAUGCAUCUAUCCCAUCAGGCAGGCAACUCCUCGCCCGCACCUCCACACCUCAACGCUCAUUCUGCUGGGCCAGUGUCACCUGAGACUCACCCCUUCCUCAACCAACAUCCGGUCCUCACGUCUCCAGCUUUGCACAUUUCCAUGCCGCAGCAGCCUUCUCGACCCAGUCACAAAGCAGCGCCUCUUCAUCCCAAACCCCCUCAGCAACAGCCAGCACCCCCUCUGCUGCAGCAGCAGCAGCAGCAGCAGCAGCAGCAGCCAACCCUGCAGCAGCCAGCGCUGCAGCAGCCGCAGCUUCAGCCGCAGCCCCAGUCAGCAGCAGCAGCAGCACCUCCUCCUCCACCACCACCACAGCACCAGCUUCCCUCUCAGAUCCUCCACCCUCCUCAGCCCCUGCACCAGCGGCCCUUGUCCCCUCCAACUCUCACACCCCAGGGCUUGCUGUCCUCCCAGCCUCCCCAGAUGCUGCUGGAGGAUGAUGAAGAGCCAGGGUCUACCACGCCUCUGAACCAAGUACAAUUAUACCUGCAGCAGUUCCAGCAAACCCGUCAGCCCCAGCAAUCUAUGCAGUCGCUCCAGGCGCAGGUUCGUCAGCAGCAGCAGCAGCAGCAACAGCAACAACAACAACAACAACAACCAGGACCGCUCUCUCUCCUGCAGUCUGUCCAGGGCCAAUCUCUACUGUCCCCUCAGACCACACUGCCCCCUCCCCAGAUCCCUUUGCAGAUCACUCACGCGGCCCCACCGCAUCAGGCCCCGGCCCAACAGAUGCCUCUUCACCAGGCCCGCCACAUGCAGCAUCCUCAGCCCCAGCAGCAACAACUUAACUACCAGCAUGGUCCAGGACUGGCUGGUCAGUCCCAAGGAUCACAACAACAACACAAGAUAUCCAUGCCCACCAACAAAGCACAGCAGAUCCUCCAGCAGCAGCAGCAGCAGCAGCAGCAGCAGCAGAUCUCCCCUCGCCCAAUCAAGGCUGAACCCUACAACGCAGGUCACAUGAGGGACAACCCAUCUCCUCUCAUGAUGCAUUCCCCACAACUUCCCCAGUAUCCACCUGUCUCUCACCAGUCCCCACCUCACAUCAUGCAGCCCAAAAAGAGGGCCUCUGGGGGCCAUGUUGUAAUAAAGGAGGAGCAGCUUCCUCCAUCACCCGUGGUGAGAGGAGAGCCAUUUACCACUGCCAUGAGACCGGACCAUCAUAAACAUGCCGACAACAAGCCUUCUCAAGCAGGCCAUGGCCAAAAGAAUGUGAAGUCCAUGGAAAGCUUGCGACCCGUCAUCCGCUCCUCCGAAUCCAGUGGACUGUCCUCGUCUCUGCAGGAAAAGGAAAAGUUCAAGCAGGAGUCCAAGGUGCCCAUCGCCCCCAAAAAGGAUGUGAAACUGAAGAAUAUGGGCUCAUGGGCAAGCCUGGCACAAAAGUCCACAUCCACACCCUUAUCUGCAGUGAAGUCAUCCAGUGACAGUUUCGAGCAGUUCCGUCGCGCUGCCCGGGAGAAAGAGGAGAGGGAGAAAGCUCUGAAGGCCCAAGCGGAGCAGGCAGAAAAAGACCGACAACGCAGAGAGCAGGACAAACUACGAGGUCGAGACGAGGAGGACAUCAUGGAGCCGAGCAGGAGGGUGAACGAGGAGCCGCGCAGACGUCUGGAGCAGCAACACAUUCAAGCUCCUUCGCAGCAGCAACAGCAGCAGCAGCAGCAACAACAACAACAACAACAACAACAGCAGCAGCAACAACAACAGCAGCAACAACAGCAACAACAACAACAACAACAACAACAACAGCAGCAGCAGCAGCAACAACAACAACAACAAUUACUACAGCAGCAGCAGCAGGAGCCGCAGCCAGCUGCCGUUCAGCAGCCUCCUCAACCCCCAACGCCGCCUCAGCCUGCCGCACAGAACCCACUUGACCAACAGAGGGAGCUAGCACGCCGCCGGGAGCAGGAAAGGAGGAGGCGAGAAGCGAUGGCGGCAACUAUUGACAUGAAUUUCCAAAGUGACUUAAUGGCUAUCUUUGAGGAGAACCUAUUUUGAGGACAGGAGCAACUGAAACAUAACUGCAAAAAAAGGAAAGAGAAAAAAAAAAACAGCAAAAGACGUAACUUCCUCUGAGGAGAGAUUUGACGCACAGAGGGACACGGACCGGACGUACGCGUGACGGCGCCUCGGACGGAGAACAAACGCUGGACGGGCGCUCGCAGGUCGCUUUGUGUCCGUGGACUCGAGAGAGACACACACACACACACACAGCACGCGGGGAUGGUCUCUCCCCCCGUUUCGGAUGUCAUAUCCUGGGAGCACGGCGCGGUAUCUCGCAGGGGAAAGAGGACCCCCAGUUGGCAGAGUGGCCUUUGUCACUUGCUUCUUUCGGCGCGUGUGGCCACAACAAUGAAAUGCAGGAGGAAGGACGUCCCAAUAACUAUGAAAUGCUCUGAUAAUGUACUGACAGACUGUGCAGAGUUGUUUUGCAACUGCCAGAUAUGUGAGGUGGUGAAGACGACCGGCUUUUUAUGUUCCCUUUUGUUUUGUUUCGAUUGUUGUAAGUAAAGGUUGGGAAGGGAGGAGGAGAGAAGGGGAGGGCGGCGGCGGCGGCAACUUCCAUACUGUAAAUCAUGUAUAUUUCUCAGCAGAGAAGGUACAGUUUGCCUUACACUUCUUUCCUAAACAGGCGAUUGUGUUCUGUGGCCUGCAUACAUUUACAGACAGGAGUAGGAGCACUGCAGACCUUUUUUUCCCCCCCAUCAUCUAGUAUCUACUGUAAAGAAGUAUUUUCUUAUACUACAAUAACUUCAUUUUGCGUCUUUCUUUUUUUCCUCUUUUGGUCUUUUAAAUCUCCAUAGAUCACAGUCCGCCACCUCUGUCUAUGCCAAACAAGUCACUAUAUUUUAUGCUAAAUCACAUGUCCUAAAUCAUGGUGGGUAGCUAGUAACAAAAAAAAUAACCUGAAUAUAUGCAUUAUCAUAUUUCCAGCAAGUAUUUAUCAAACACAGAAUAAGUUAACGUUUUCUUCCUGCCUUGUAUUUCUCUUUUACAACUACAACACGAGCUUGUUCGCAGAGAGGGAAGGUCCAGCCGUUUCUCAGCUUUACUUGGAAUAUGAUUUCACUACACGCGUCGCGUCGCGCCGCGCUUUGUGUUACACUUUGAGACACGACGCUGGGAGUGUUGAUGUCGUCGGCGCGUCGGCAGCAGUGGCUCUGCAGGUUCAGUUAAGAAACGCAUAGAAGAGGACCUCCUGCGCUCCGCUCCGAAAAUGCUUGAUCCGACGUCCACAGCCGGAGUGCUCGAGGCAGGAAGGGAACGAUUAGUGGAACGAGACCAACACUUUCCACUGUUGUCCCCUCAAUCGGGUUUGGCAAAACAAAAUGAAACGGCGGAAGGGAAAGAGCGUCCGACUUGUCUUUAAAUCCAGCGAGGACACACCGUCAACAACACAAAAUGAAGAAAACAGAAACAAACAGUUUAGAAACGAAAAUCUCUGAAAUAACAGUUUUGAUUUCACUUUGUUCUUGUUGGAUAAUAGUUGAUGUGAGUUUCUGUUCUUGGAGACAAAGUUUGGACCGGGGACGGGUUGAAUCUGAAUGCGUCUCGUCCUCUUUACUUGUCUCUGUUAUGGUAUUUUUUUUCCAGUGCCUGUAUUGUAUUGCAAUUCUCGUUGGCAUAUAUUACACUUCGAGGGGGUUUACAAAGGGGUCCGGUCAGGAUUGGGUGGUGUAAUAUUUGAACGGGGAGGGAGAUUUUUGAAAGAGUUUGUGUAAAAAAAAAAAAUACAAAAAAAAUACAAAAAAAAAUACAAAAAAAGAAAGGAAAAAAGAAGGAAAAUACAACGUUUUAUAUUUUACCCCUUGUCAAUAUUUGGGUUUUAAAUUUAGUUUUAGCUGGACUUCUGAGUGUACACAUCUGAAAAACUACUUUUGUCAUUUUGUUCAAUCAGCAGAUUUUAGGUAGUUAUGUUUCAGCGUUGCCACACUAGCGUUGGACUCUGGCCUGUGAGUGUGACUGUAAAUUUGGACGGCUGUGUGACUGUAUGUGUUUUGUUAUUGUUCUCUUUUCUUUCUUUUUCUUUUCUUUUUGUUAAAGUGUGGUGCGGGAGACAUUUUCUCCGAUGCAGAUAAGCAUUCUAUGGAUGAGAAUAAACAGAUUAACCGUACUUCAGGAGAACUUGUUUCAGUGCUUAAGUCACCUUUUUCAUUUCAAUGAAUUCCACCAUAUAUGAAAUAUAGCAUUUUUAUUGUUAGACUGGUUUUGAAAGGGUAAAAAAAUAACUUCAUUCCUUUUUAGCCUUUUUUUUCUUUUUCACAAAAACUGUUAAUGUGCCAUGAGUUCUACAGAGAAUGUGCUGACCUGCAGCUCAGCCCAGAGUUUGCUUUAUUCAGGUAUUUUAUUUUGUGUUACAUUUUGUUCUGUUUUGGGGGUUUUGUUCAUACAUUUUCCUCGAUUUAUUGUUUGGUAUGUGAGUGAUCUAUCGAGGUCUCUGAUUCAGUCUGUUAUGAUCAUUGAAUAAACUCAUCUCUUUUAUAGAAAAUAAAAAAAUAUACUAAAAUCUGGA